AUGGAUCCUUUCCGCUGGCUCCAGUUUUUCAAUCUGCAAACUCUACUGAUUUUCUUGGCUGUGUUUUUAACGGUGUCCUUUCUAAUCAAAGCCAGGAAGCAGAGUGCUCUCCUACCGGGUCCAUCCAUGUGGUCACUCUUCGGAAACAUCUUCACCAGGAAUCAGGCUCCUCAUGUUUCUCUGACUGAGGUAUUGGCGGAUCUCAACCUGAAACCUUCUCCCCCUGUUUCGAAGACUGAGCGGCUGCUUAUCUGGCAAGUUAGAGAGAGUCUGACAGAAGUGUACAUCAUCUUUAUGUUUCUUAUUCCCUGCCUUCUCCACGCACAGCUUUCUAAGAAGUAUGGAGACGUUUUUACAUGCAGCGCCUUAUUGAUUCCCAUCGUUGUCCUCAAUGGGUACCGAACCUUUCAAGAGGCCCUCGUCCAACAUGGUCGAGAAUUUGCUGGGCGGCCAAUUAUCCCUAUCAUGGAAGAAAUUUAUAACAUUGCUCCAAUCAUUGGCUACUUCCCUGGGCCACACCAGAGGAUAUUCAAAGUGCGGGAGGAAGUUGAAGCCAUUAUCCAGGAUUUCAUCCAACAGCACAAAGACACUCUGAAUGGUGAAGAGGUCAGAGACUUCAUCGAUGCCUAUUUACUGGAAAUGAAGAAGGAAGAGAAUUCUCCUGACUCUCGUCUGACUGAAGGAAACCUCUUCCAUAACGUCAAUGAACUGUUCAUCGCUGGCACUGAAACUACAACAACUACUCUGCAAUGGGCCAUUCUGUAUAUGAUGGCUUUCCCAGAUGUACAAGCGAAGUGCCAAGAGGAGAUCGACAAAGUGAUUGGUGGCUCUCGUAUGCCGAACAUGGAGGACGCGGUCAACAUGCCAUAUGUCAAUGCCGUUGUUCAUGAGACUCAAAGAUACGGAAAUGUGGUACCUAUUGCAGCAGCCCAUGCAACAACAGAGGACACAAGUGUCAAGGGUUACACAAUUGAAAAGGGAACCUUCAUCUUACUGAACAUGGAGUCUGUUUUGUCUGAUGAAAAGCAUUGGAAGGACCCGAAACAUUUCAAUUCGGAGAAUUUCCUGAACGAAAAUAGGGAAUUCUUUAAGCCAGAUGCAUUUAUCCCAUUUUCACUGGGUCUGCGAGCAUGCCCAGGAGAAAAACUGGCCAGAAUGGAGCUAUUUUUGUUUUUCACUGUUCUCCUUCAGAAUUUUGAGUUCUACUGGCCUGACAAGACAUCUACACCAAAACUGCAGGGUGAAUACAGAUUGACACUACCAGCACAACCAUAUAAAAUGGGAAUAAGAUACAGAAAAGCAAGAGAUGGUGAACUGUGAUCUCAGGGGAUGUCCACUUGAUGGUGUCAGAUUAAGGAUCAACAUUUUUUCUGUUCAAAAUUCCUCUUGUGAUUCUUGGGCUAUUUUUUGAUUUUUGAGGGCUCCUUUUUUCUGCUUUUUGGACAUUAGGCCUUCAUUGUCACGAACUCAUUUAUAGGGUACUGCAAUCAGGGACUAACACCAGCCCCUGUAUUUGUAUUGAGGUAUUGGCCAUUUGGAAUCACAGAAACAGAAUUGGAAGAUUUCAUCAACAUCCUCAAAAAAAUCACCUCUCCAUUAAAUUUAGAGUCUAAACAUGUACAUAGCGGAGGCAAUGGCCUAGUGGUUUUAUUGCUGGACUGUUAGUGAUGAUGAUGGAUGCCUGGAGCACAUUUGGAGUCCAAUUCUAGCAUUGAA